GGGGGGAGUGGGCGUGUCUUAAACUGUCAACUAACCGAAGAAUAACAAAAACAAACACAACGCCGAGGGGGGUUCCGGGACCGGGGCGGCGGCAUGUGAUCUGACGUGGUGCCGAAAAACAGGCUCUCCUUUGGUCUCUGCCUACAUCAGAGGCAAAAUGAACAAACGUUUUUACGGUGGGUCACCGAGCUGCGCAGGAAGGUUAUCUUUCGUGACCAAGGCUUAAGUCAGUUACGAUUCCUCCUCAGGAACCAUGGACACAUCCUCUGAUGAAGAGGAGGUGCGCACCUUCGUCCAAGUCCUCAGUGAGAAGUACAACCCAGAGAAUUUCCCCUAUGGCCAAGGCCUGGGAGUAGUGAUUCUGCCCAGCCCUCCAGGAUCCCCCGUCAAGGAUCGCCUGUUCUUGCCCAGUGUACUGGUUGUGAACGACUGUGGAAUCAGUAAAGCUGGGGACAAGUCAGACAUUGCAGCUUUCUGUGCCCAUGUGGUAGAGCUGGACCUGUCCUACAAUCAGCUUAAUGACUGGGCAGAGAUCUGCACUAUUGUUUCCAACAUCCCCCACCUGGACUUCCUCAAUCUGAGCACGAACCCUCUGAGCGGCGUGGAGCUGGAGCCCAGCAUGGCUGAGAUUUUCUCCAGGGUCCGGCGACUUGUCCUGAUCAACACACACAUCAGUUGGGACACGGUGCACACACUCACACAACAUACACCAGAGCUGGAGGAGCUUUUCCUUUGCCUGAAUGGCUACAACACUGUGUCGGAAUCCCAGACGUCCUGUCCGUCACUACGCCUGCUGCAGAUUACAGACAACCAGCUGCAGGAAUGGGCAGAAGUAAGGAAGUUUGGUUUGAUGUAUCCGUGUCUGAGUACACUGGUGCUGGCCAAUAACAGUGUGGACUCUGUGGCAGACACCCCGGAAACACUGCAGCGCCUCUUCCCCAACCUGCGCGGCAUCAACCUCAACAACUCAGGGCUUAGUAAAUGGGAGGACAUUGAGAGGCUGAAUUUCUUCCCCAAGCUGGAGGAAGUCAAAGCAAAGGGGAUUCCUUUAUUGCAGCCUUACACCACCCAGGAGAGACGUAGCCUCCUUUUAGCACAGCUGCCAUCUGUCGUGGUCUUGAAUGGGAGUGCAGUGUCUAGUGGAGAGAGAGAGGAUGCUGAGAGGUUCUUCAUCAGGUACUACCAGGACUGCCCAGAACAGGAGCUUCCUGAGAGGUACCACAUCCUUGUAUCCAAGUAUGGUCACCUGGCCCCGCUGGCGGAGGUGGACCUGAGCCCCCGCUGCACCGUGGUGGAUGUUCGCUGGGGGGAGAGGGUGGAGGCAGUCAGCCUCCGCCUGGAGCAGACAGUGGGCGACCUGAAGAAACACCUUAGAGCUUUGCUACAGCUGCCCACCAAUGGAAUCAGGCUUUUCUACAUCAACCGGGAAAUGUGUUCAGUCUUGGGGCCUGAGGAGUUGAGGUGCGGCUGCCGGGCCCUCCACUCCUACAGUAUUCGAGAUGGGGAUGAGAUUCUAGUGGUGCCCAAAGUCAAAAGCCGCUGCAGCUCCACAGGUCUUUGAAUCUGAUUUCAAACAAAUGGAACUUCAGGGGUUUUAGAUAAUGGACACUUUCUGGAUACUAAGCUUUGACUUUAGCCUUUAUUUUUUAUUUUAUUUUUUUAGAUUAAAAAAAGGGUGAUAUUUCUCAGCCUUGAAUGUAAAGAUGUUUGCUGUCCACCAUAUUGAACAAAUUUAUACCAUAGUAUAUUUGCACAUAGAAGCUCCAUGUUCACAAAGUUUGUAACUUGAGUGCAAGUCACACAUUUUUAUCCUUAAAGUGCCUUGAGCUAAGAUAACAGUUUACGUCUCAUUAUGAAAAAUGUUAAGCAAAUCCAGAUAUGGUGCAAGGCUGUUUAUGAAAGAAAAAACAGCUGCCAUAAAUACAAUUGAAUGCACAAAUUGCACAUUGAUUUUAAAACUAAAACCACUUUAUAAUUAGUGUUUGUCUGAUUAGAAAUGACCCCCCCCCCCGGCUUGCUUAACGUGCUGGUGACACUGCUGCACCAUGCAUGGCACUUAUUAAUAUUUAAUUGAGUAGUGAAAAAUGUUAUAAUUGGGUUUUAAAACAUAAUUAAUACUACACGUUAAGAUGAAAUUUGGAUUUUAAAAAUACCAGUUUCUGCAUAUCUGUUGUGUAGUUUCACUCUUCAUCUUGUUUUUGUAGUGACUUGGCUGGCUUUUCUGCACCACAACUAGCAGCUCAUGUCUUCUCUCCAUUUUACUGUUGACUUUCUGUCGGUCGAAGAUUAGGCCUGUUGACUGGCAGUAGUGAACAAUGCAGCAUUUUAUACAGUUUUGGUGAAAAAUCAUGGUGAAAAUCAUUUGGUGAAAAAUCAUCAAAAGCCAACAUAAUGGCAAACAACGAACCUUUGAUUGCCGCCAAUCUAAAUUCACUGAACACAAAGUCUUCACAUGACUUUUCAAUGUGUGGAUAUUGGUAUUGCCAAGAGUUGGUGAAUAAUUUACAGUGUGCAUUUGCAGUACAUAUAGAUAACUAUUAUGUUAUUUAUAUGUGAACUUGUCAUGAUCAUGACAGGUUCGAAGAGGCUCUAUUUUUCUAACCUUUAUUCAAGCAGAGUAGGUCCACUGAUGAGAAUGGUGUUUUUGGGAAACACAAUGGUGUGCAUAAGUAAGACAAAUCACUCCCUGCUUAUUCCUGACCAGUCUACUUCACAUGGCUCUGGUUAAAUAUCCUGAGAUAACCCCGAGCUGAUGCACAAGUACAGUGUGUUGGCGAUAAAACAGAGCACAUGGCUUCUGCUCAGUCAAGGUACUCUGGCAGAAAGACGAGACAAGUCUCGGGUGAGCUUGGGUCUGGGACAGAGAAAAGGCCUGUUGAUGCUCAAGUUACUGCAGGUCUUCUGGCUGUCCAGCCCAUGAAUGGAGCAACUCUCUUUCCCUGCAGAGGCAGCUGAGAAAUGUUGAGGGCCAGUCUAUUUGAUAACCACACACCAGCCAUUGUGUCACGGACACUUCCGAUGUAUUUUGGAUUUAGGUUUGAAUGGGUUCACCCAGCGGAAUCUUGCCCCUCACCCAUUCACUUCAAUCUGUCCUUUGAAUCCGUCUCACAAACCUGACACUCCUGGUGUCUGCUGUUUCACAGGAUGCAAGGUUGUGAAUUUUUACAUCGGUUCACAUUGGCGACAGUUUUCAAAAUCUGUCUUUCUGUCUUUAUUGACUCAGGACCAUGGUUAUAUGGUAUGGAGUACAAAAAAAAACCCCAAUAUAAUUGCAACAGAGCAAUUUCACCCGGCAGGGGUAAAAAACAGUAUAAGGUACUUAAACAAAGGUAGAACAUUCUUCAGAAAGGCCCCCUAACGUACCAAUAACACUAAAAACAAAGAUAAAGUAGAAAUAAAGAUAAAGAUAAAGAUAGAAAAACACAUGUCCACCUGCCCUGUUUGUUUGGCAGGUGAAGUAAAGCUAGUUAUUAUUAUGGUUCUCUGAAGAUGCAUGUAAUAAUUUCUGUCUAUAUAUCCAACACGCACACCUCCCAGAUCUUAAUGUGUGGAGCUGAGCUUAGCGUCAAGCAGGCUGUUU